AUGUUUCUUUGUCAAAAUAUAGAGCAUGAAGGAAAUUCAAUUGUUGGGUUUUGCCUAUCUGCUGAUUGUAAGGAACCUAAAUCGCAAUUUUGUGUUAAUUGUUUAAUAAAUCCUUAAAAACAUAUAAAUUGUAGAAUUGACUGCAAAUCAUUUGAUAAAAUCGAUAUACUCCUAGAUUUAAUUAUUUAUAAGCUUGAUAAAAUGUUAGAAUAAAUUGAUCAGAAGCUUGAAUAGGCAAAGUUACAGUAUGAAAAAACAAUCAAAAUUAUUUAUAAAGAACAGCAAAUGUUCUAGGAGAUAGUAGAAAAUUUGAAAGAAAAAAAAUUCAAGGAAUUUCUUGAUAACAUUAGCAGAAUAAAGAAUUGGAAUACUAUAAUAAAAUCUACUUAAUUUGAGAAAGAAAUAAUUGAUCUCUGUAUUUGUAAUAUUAUACAACUAGGGUUGAUAAAAGGAAUCGAAUUAAUAAACUAGAAGGACUACGAACGUGCUUUAGUAUAUUUUGAAAAAGUUUUAAAAGAAGAUAAAAAAAAUCUUGUGGCAAAGUUUUACUAAUGUAUAAAAAUAAAUAAAAAAAGGUGUUUCAUUAUUGUAAUAGAAUAAAAACUAUAAAUCUUUUUAAUUGUUAAAAGAAUUAUAAAUAGAACAUCAAAAUUUUUAAGAAUAAGCUCUAAUCACUGUAGAGGAAAAAUUGAGGAUUAAAAAAAGCAAUAUAGCUGUAUUGAUAUUAUAAAGUAUCGAAAAAAAAUAAUUAAUAGACUAUUCUAUGAGAAACUGGGAUACAGGCAAUACACCCAUAAAAGAAGAAAAGUAUCAAUAAUUUAUGAUUUCUUGUGAUACUAUUUUAGGUUUAGAUAAAAAUAAUGUUUAUGCAUUAUGGAUGAAAAGUAUAAAUUAAAAUAAUAAAUAGUAAUUUCAUUAAUUGAAAAGUAAUAAUAUUAAAAAGCAGUUUUGCUUGCUGAAUAAGGUUUGGUGGUGAAUUCUAACAAUAGUCAUUUAAAUUAUCUAAAGGGUUUAAAAUAAUAAUAACUAUUAGGUUUUGUGCUAUAUAAACUAAAUGAAUUUUAAGAGGCUAUGUUAUUUUUUGAUAAAGCUAUUUAAUUUGAUUCAACUAAUGUUAAUGCCUAUAAUAAAAAAGGUUUUAUCUUCAUAUUUUGAUUUGUAGGUAAUACAUUACGCAAUUUGAAACAAUAUGAACAAGCAAUAAUCUGUUUUGAUAAAGCUAUUUCACUUGAUCCAAAUUAUGCUAAUGCCUAUAAUAACAAAGGUUGUAUCUUCAUAUUUUGAUUGUAGGUAAUACUUUACGUAAUUUGAAACAAUAUGAACAAGCAAUAAUCUGUUUUGAUAAAGCUAUUUCACUUGAUCCAAAUAAUUUUAAUCUCUAUAAUAAUAAAGGUUAUAUCUCCAUAAUAAAUUUCUAGGUAAUACUUUACGCAAUUUGAAAUAAUAUGAACAAGCAGUAAUCUGCUUUGAUAAAGCGAUUUCACUUGAUCCAAAUAAUGUUAAUGUUUAUAAUAACAAAGGUUUUAUCUUCACAAUUAAAUUUUAGGUAUUUGUUUAGAUAAUUUGAAAUAAUAUGAACAAGCAAUAAACUGCUUUGAUUAAGCGAUUUUACUUGAUCUUAAUAAUGUUGAUGUCUAUAAUAACAAAGGUUUUAUCUCCACAAUUAAAUUUUAGGUAUUUGUUUAGAUAAUUUGAAAUAAUACGAACAAGCAAUAAUCUGCUAUGAUAAGGCGAUUUAACUUGAUCCAAAUAAUGUUAAUGUUUAUAAUAAUAAAGGUUUUAUCUUUGUAAUUAAAAUUAGGUAUUAGUUUAGAUAAUUUGAAAUAAUAUGAACAAGCAAUAAUUUGCUAUGAUAAGGCGAUUACACUUAAUCCUAAUUAUGUUGAUGCCUAUUAUAAUAAAGGUUUUUAUCUAAAUAUUUGAAUUUUAGGAAGUUGUUUAGAAAGUUUGAAAUUAUAUGAAUAAGCAAUAAUGUGCUAUGAUAAAGCGAUUUCACUUAAUUCGAAAUUUGUUAAAGCUUAUUAUAACAAAGGUAUUAUUUUAUUGAAAUUUUAGCAAUAUCCUUAUAAUAAUUGAACCAAAUCUCACAAGCUCUACAAAAUUAUCAAAUUGCAUUAAAUUUGAACCAUCCUUCUUCACAUAUCAUUUCAUAAAUCAUCAACAAACUCAAAGCACUAUUAUAAUCAUGA